AGCGAUCGUUUUAUUUCGUAGAUUAGCAAAUUAAUCGGAAAUUUGCUAAGAAGUAGCUCUUCAAGUAACUCUUUUAUUUACAAAAUGGCUGCGCAAUCUCAACAACAAUCUGGUACUAGUGAUAAUCAAGAAGAGGAUGCAUCCGAGUUACAAUUUCCAAAAGAAUUUGAAAAUGCAGAAACAUUGCUGAUAUCAGAAGUACAAAUGUUGUUAGACCACAGAAAAAAACAAAAUGAAAGCGCUGAAGAAGAGCAAGAGCAAUCUGAAGUGUUCACAAAGACUUUGAAUUAUUGUGAGAGGUUCAGCAAAUUUAAAAACAGGGAAACGAUUGCAUCCGUAAGAAGUUUGUUGAUGCAGAAAAAACUCCAUAAAUUUGAACUGGCAGCUUUAGCAAAUCUUUGUCCAGAAACAGCUGAAGAAGUAAAAUCAUUGAUACCUAGUUUGGAGGCAAGGUUUGAAGAUGAUGAGCUGCAGCAGAUUUUGGAUGAUAUAAAAACUAAAAGAAGUUUUCAGUAUUAAAGUUUGUGUGCUUGAUCAAAUGUGUAAAUGGGAACCAAAACAUGGUUUUAAUAGUUUUAUCAUUGCCAAUUAUGUCAUUAUUUUUUA